GGGCACAGGCACUAUGGUGGUCUGCUUGAAACAACAUGAUGGUAUUACAGACUGAGUCAGGGACAGGUUGACAUGUCAGUGAAGACACUAGCCAGUUUGUUAGGUCCAGGUCCAACAUUGUAGUUACUCCACAAUAUGAACAGAAGGAAUCCUGUCCUGGACCUGUUCUAUCACCACACUAAAGAGGCUUAUUAGGGUCACCUCUUGCUCUCUCUCUCUCUCUCUCUCUCCUGCGCCUCCUGUCUCUCGCUCGCUCUCUCUCUCAGCUGUCGCCCUUCUGUUCUGUUGGGUCCUGAAACGUGGCUUCAAUUUUAGAGGGGACUGUCGCUUGUUUUGAACUGAUUUGGAGUGGGGCUUGAACCAGAGGGCGAAGUAUGACUGUACUUCAAUGAUUCCCUGGAAGAAAAAAAAUAUAAAAGUGACAAAAACCCCCCGAAAAUGAACAGGAAGAAAGUUUAUGCCAAACACUUAAGGCUUUAAUCCCUCCCUCUUUGAGCCCUACGCGUCGGUCGGUCUGUUGAGCUGAGUGCCAGCCAGUCAGUCUCUCUUAUAGGACUAGCACAGCACAACAUGGCUAGCGAGCUCUGACUGAGACAACAGGAAGAGAAGGAAAACACUAAGGCUGGAUACUACUGUACUUCUCUCAUCACAAGGAAGAUGUCAGAAUGAGCAGGUGGCUGUCGAAGGUGUGACUUCAUCGCCCGGUGCUCUUCAUCGAGGAGCCGGGAUCUGAUUGGUCCCUUUGGGUUGCGGCUGGCGGGCUGGCUCCUCCCCCUCCCGGAGGCAGCGUGCGUUCCCAGCUGCCUCCCUGCACCCCGCGCUCGCCCGGCCUGCUCGCCCAUGCCCCCGCCACCCCCGCCAGGCCCUCCAACGCCAUGUGCCUUCCCCACACCAUGGAAGCAGCAACGGGGAAGCACGGAGCGAGCCAGGCAGGGUUAGGCCUAGGGGGGCUGGGCCAGGGGGGACGGGGGUGUGGGGGGGUACCACUAGAGCCCUUCGUACACCAGGUGGGCGGGCACACCAGUAUGAUGCGUUACGACGACCACACUGUGUGUAAACCCCUCAUCAGCCGGGAGCAACGCUUCUACGAGUCGCUGCCUCCUGAGAUGAAGGAGUUUACACCAGAAUAUAAAGGCAUGGUUUUGGUGUGUUUUGAGGGGGAUAUUGACGGAUACAUCAACCUGGUGGCGUACCCGUACGUGGAGAGCGAGAUCCUGGACCACGAGGACCUACCGGAGAGGGACCAACCCCGGAGGAAACACUCCCGACGCAGCCUCCACCGCUCCACCUCUGAGAUCAAAGAGGAAAGGCUACCGCACGAGAGUGACAGCACUGAGAAUCUCCAGGAACUGAAGAGUCCUCGUCUAGAUCUCCAGAUCUACAGUGAUAUUCCCUUCCAGAUGCUGGAUAAUAACAGCGGCCUGGGCUCAGAGAAGAUCAGCCAUAACCCCUGGAGCCUCCGCUGUCACAGGCAGCAGCUCAGUCGCAUGAGAUCAGAGUCCAAGGACAGGAAGCUCUACAAGUUUCUGCUCCUGGAGAACGUGGUUCACCACUUCAGCUACCCGUGCAUCCUGGACCUGAAGAUGGGCACGCGGCAGCACGGGGACGAUGCCUCGGAGGAGAAAGCAGCCAGACAGAUGCAGAAGUGUGAGCAGAGCACCUCCGCCACCCUGGGGGUACGUGUCUGUGGGAUGCAGGUGUACCAGAUGGAUACGGGCCACUAUCUGUGCAGGAACAAGUACUACGGCCGCAGCCUGUCCAUCGAGGGCUUCCGCCACGCCCUCCACCAAUACCUGCACAACGGGGCGUCGCUCAGGAAGGACCUGUUUGAGCCCAUGCUGUGCAAACUACGCAGCCUGAAGGCCAUUCUGGAGAGACAGACCACCUACCGCUUCUACUCAUCCUCCCUGCUCAUCAUCUAUGAGGGGAAGGAGCCUGAGCUGGCCUACGUCUGGCAGAAAGCACCACAGGAGACCUGGCAGCAGAAAGCAGCAUCACCACCACAGGCCCCGGCAGAGCCCUUGGAAAACCAAAAAACACCAGCACCGCAACCAGCAGCUGAGCUGCCCUCGGAGAAGGAGGUGACAGUCAACCCAGGGAGCCAAGGACCAGGGUUAGGAGUGGGGCUCCAAGGAACAGGGUUAGGAGUGGGGCUCCAAGGCGGAGUCCUCCAAGGUGUCCAAGGACCAGGGUUAGGAGUGGGGCUCCAAGGACCAGGGUUAGGAGUGGGGCUCCAAGGAACAGGGUUAGGUGUGGGGCUCCAAGGAACAGGGUUAGGAGUGGGGCUCCAAGGAACAGGGUUAGGAGUGGGGCUCCAAGGUAAGGACCAGGGUUAGGAGUGAGGCUCCAAGGUGUCCAAGGACCAGGGUUAGGAGUGGGGCUCCAAGGACCAGGGUUAGGAGUGGGGCUCCAAGGACCAGGGUUAGGAGUGGGGCUCCAAGGUGUCCAAGGACCAGGGUUAGGAGUGGGGCUCCAAGGUGUCCAAGGAACAGGGUUAGGAGUGGGGCUCCAAGGUGUCCAAGGAACAGGGUUAGGAGUGGGGCUCCAAGGACCAGGGUUAGGAGUGGGGCUCCAAGGACCAGGGUUAGGAGUGAGGCUCCAAGGCGUAGUCCUCCAAGGGGCCCAUGGACUGACAGAAGCCCCUCUCCAGCUGCCCCAGGCCCUACCACCUCCACCAGAUUUCCCCCCCACCCCUGUCACAGCCCCUCUACAGCCACAGCAGCUCCACCAGGAGCCUCUCCAGCCCUCAGACCCCCACGCUCCCCCACUACCACCCCCCUCUAGCCCGAGCAUCAGUGUGGACGUCCGCAUGAUAGACUUUGCCCACAGCACCUUCAAAGGUUUCCGCGACGACCAGACGGUGCACGACGGGCCGGAUCGGGGCUACGUGUUUGGAUUGGAGAGCCUCAUCAAGAUCCUAGAGGGCCUCCGAGAGGAGAACCUGUAGUAGCCGAACCUGGGACUGACGAAUUGGCCGUGUCUCAAAUGGAUGGUAGCCCCUAUUCAUUAUGUAGUACACUACUUUUGAACAGGGCCCAUAGGGUGCUAACGCGUCUUUCUCUUGAAUUAUUAUAAUUUUUUAAAAUAAAUCCCAGGGUGCAUCCAAAAAAGGGAAACCUUACUCCUAUAAGGAUCUGGUCAAAAGUAGUGUACUAUGUAGGGAAUAGGGUGCCGUUUGGGAUGUACAGAUGAUGAUGGUGGUUCAGGAGAAGACUAACUGACACAUCUUCAGAUUUCCUCCUCUCCCUCAGUGCUACUACCCACUACCCUGUCCUCAAUGAUUCUGUUUUGGAGCAAGAAAAGCACAUUAUCUGUAAUAAGAAGGACCUGAUGGAGCAGUGAUCUGUAAUAAGGAGGACCUGAUGGAGCAGUGAUCUGUAGUAAGGAGGACCUGAUGGAGCAGUGAUCUGUAGUAAGGAGGACCUGAUGGAGCAGUGAUCUGUAGUAAGGAGGACCUGAUGGAGCAGUGAUCUGUAAUAAGGAGGACCUGAUGGAGCAGUGAUCUGUAGUAAGGAGGACCUGAUGGAGCAGUGAUCUGUAGUAAGGAGGACCUGAUGGAGCAGUGAUCUGUAGUAAGGAGGACCUGAUGGAGCAGUGAUCUGUAGUAAGGAGGACCUGAUGGAGCAGUGAUCUGUAGUAAGGAGGACCUGAUGGAGCAGUGAUCUGUAGUAAGGACCUGAUGGAGCAGUGAUCUGUAGUAAGGAGGACCUGAUGGAGCAGUGAUCUGUAGUAAGGAGGACCUGAUGGAGCAGUGAUCUGUAGUAAGGAGGACCUGAUGGAGCAGUGAUCUGUAGUAAGGAGGACCUGAUGGAGCAGUGAUCUGUAGUAAGGAGGACCUGAUGGAGCAGUGAUCUGUAGUAAGGAGGACCUGAUGGAGCAGUGAUCUGUAGUAAGGAGGACCUGAUGGAGCAGUGAUCUGUAGUAAGGAGGACCUGAUGGAGCAGUGAUCUGUAGUAAGGAGGACCUGAUGGAGCAGUGAUCUGUAGUAAGGAGGACCUGAUGGAGCAGUGAUCUGUAGUAAGGAGGACCUGAUGGAGCAGCGAUCUGUAGUAAGGAGGACCUGAUGGAGCAGCGAUCUGUAGUAAGGAGGACCUGAUGGAGCAGCGAUCUGUAAUAAGGAGGACCUGAUGGAGCAGCGAUCUGUAAUAAGGAGGACCUGAUGGAGCAGCGAUCUGUAAUAAGGAGGACCUGAUGGAGCAGCGAUCUGUAGUAAGGAGGACCUGAUGGAGCAGCGAUCUGUAGUAAGGAGGACCUGAUGGAGCAGCGAUAUGUAAUAAGGAGGACCUGAUGGAGCAGCGAUCUGCAGUAAGGCGGACCUGAUGGAGCAGUGAUGGAAUGGAUGGAAGGCCGGGGUAUGUCUAUGCUACUGUCUGACAGUAAAGGUGAAAGGCCGUGACCUUGGACUGUAAAUGUCACUCCUUUCUGACUGGGAGCAUCUACAGCCGUGUGUGUAUCCUAUCAACCCUCCUGGACAGAAAUGGCUGCCAUUCCUCUGAGAGAAACAUAAAAAGGGCAAUGUCUGCCUUGUGGGUUUUGUCGCCACUGAGUGGCCAACUGAAGUAUUGCAUUGAAGAAAAGGCACAGGAUAGGUUUGGUUUUUGAAGGUAGUGAAGCCACUGCUCAGGGCAAGUCCAGGUCCUUUCUCAGGCCCAAAUGGCAUCCUAUUCCCUUUAUAGUGCACUACUUUUGACCUGGGCCCACAGGGAAACCCAUAGUGCUCUGGUCAAAAGUAGUGCACUAUAAAGUGGAUGGGUACCAUUUGGGACAUAGCCCCUGUGUCUGCUGUGGGACUGGUACAGAGACUGUCUCUGCUGUGGGACUGGUACAGAGACUGAAUUGUGUAUACGUCAAUAUGUGUAAAAGGACAGUGGGGGGGUCUUGGGGAAGGGAAGUCUCUAUACAGCUGUAGUCCUAGUCUCUAUACAGCUGUAGUCCUAGUCUCUAUACAGCUGUAGUCCUAGUCUCCAUACAGCUGUAGUCCCUAGUCUCCAUACAGCUGUAGUCCCUAGUCUCCAUACAGCUGUAGUCCCUAGUCUCCAUACAGCUGUAGUCCCUAGUCUCCAUACAGCUGUAGUCCCUAGUCUCCAUACAGCUGUAGUCCCUAGUCUCCAUACAGCUGUAGUCCCUAGUCUCCAUACAGCUGUAGUCCUAGUCUCCAUACAGCUGUAGUCCUAGUCUCUAUACAGCUGUAGUCCCUAGUCUCCAUACAGCUGUAGUCCCUAGUCUCCAUACAGCUGUAGUCCCUAGUCUCCAUACAGCUGUAGUCCCUAGUCUCCAUACAGCUGUAGUCCCUAGUCUCCAUACAGCUGUAGUCCCUAGUCUCCAUACAGCUGUAGUCCCUAGUCUCCAUACAGCUGUAGUCCUAGUCUCCAUACAGCUGUAGUUCCUAGUCUCCAUACAGCUGUAGUCCCUAGUCUCCAUACAGCUGUAGUCCCUAGUCUCCAUACAGCUGUAGUCCCUAGUUUCCAUACAGCUAGUCUCCAUACAGCUAGUCUCCAUACAGCUGUAGUCCCUAGUCUCCAUACAGCUGGAGUCCCUAGUCUCCAUACAGCUGUAGUCCCUAGUCUCCAUACAGCUGUAGUCCCUAGUUUCCAUACAGCUAGUCUCCAUACAGCUAGUCUCCAUACAGCUGUAGUCCCUAGUCUCCAUACAGCUGUAGUCCUAUCAGGGGUUUAAUAGAUGAGCAGCUUUGCUUACAGGCUGAUGUUUGUCCUGAAAGCGUUACUGUAAAGAAAGCAAGGGUUAAUCAAUUAUUUUCCCUCCUUGAUAAGAGGUUGAAAAAUAAAUAAAACCCAGGGUACCUCUGAAAUUGGCACCCUUAUACCCUAAUGUAGUGCACUACUUUAAGACCAGAGCCCUAUGGGUAUCCCUGGUCAAAGGUAGUGCACUACAUAGGGACUAGGCCCCAGCCUUCAGGCUUCAAUUGAAAUACAGCACAGCUCUUGUGUCUCAACGUGGUCAUCUAAUUUAUCAACAGGUCACAGUUUUAUUAUGUUGCUUUUUACAGUUAGUAUCUUGCUUAUUCCGUUCUAAUAGAGCCACCGACUGUUUAAUUUAAAGGUAUCCAACUCAUUUUCGAACGUUGCCACGGGCACAGCCAAACGACGGAAGUGAUUGAUUCGACUUCCACUUUACUUCCCUACUGCUGUGCGCCAGUGGCAAACUUGCCAGAGUAAUUUAUUUGAGUCAAAGAGAAUAAAAGUCAAGUAAACAAGUGUAAUGUUAUAUUAUUGAAUUUGAGUUUGCUAAUGUUAGCUAGAUCUACCGGUAGGCUAGUUCUGUUGUGAUAACGACGUUAGCUUGACCUACCGGUACGGCUAGUUCUGUUGUGAUAACGACGUUAGCUUGACCUACCGGUAGACUAGUUCUGUUGUGAUAAUAAUGUUAGCUAGACCUACCGGUAGGCUAGUUCUGUUGUGAUAACGACGUUAGCUAGAUCUACCGGUAGGAUGGUUCUGUUGUGGCAGAGUUAAGGCCCGGGCCAUCCACCAAGCCAAUAACUAUGAUAAACUAUAGACUACAUAACUAUAAAACGUUGGUGAGCAUCCAAGCUAGAGGGAAGUUUGUUUUAUCGUUUUACAGUCCUACACCUGUCAAUCAACUGAUCAACGUAUCCUACUGCACGCCGCUAUUAAUAAAGUGGUAACACAAGA